AAUAAAAAAGAAAGGUCCGAAAACUAAAUAUGCUUUUUUGGCGGAUGACCCACCCAAAGUUAGAACCAACCAAUCUUGGUAGUGGGUACAUACAUGCUUAUCGGAUCUAACCCAUCAUUUCUAUCUAUCUCAACUACCCAUAUCGGGUUCGUCCCUACCCAAACACGGUUCAAAAUCCAACCCUAAAACUUCCCGGAUCAUCCGAUCGGACUCAAGAACGGAUUGAAGUUUUCUUUCGAAGCUUUUGCAUCAUUCACUAUAGAGCAUAUCUGGUUAAUUUCAAGCUUAUGCGAUGGAAAUAUCAAAUGAUUCUGCUACCAAGAAACCAAAGAGGUUGACCUCUGUUGUAUGGAAUCAUUUUGAAAGGGUUAAAAAGGCUGACAUUUGUUAUGCUGUUUGUGUCCACUGUAACAAGAGGCUCAGUGGAUCGAGUAAUAGUGGUACCACGCAUCUUAGAAACCACUUGAUGAGAUGCCUAAAAAGAUCUAAUUUUGAUGUGUCUCAACUACUUGCAGCGAAAAGGAGGAAAAAAGAUAGCACCAUUAGCCUUGCAAGUAUCAGUUGUGACGAAACACAGAGAAAAGAUGACUAUAUCAAGCCAGCCAUGAUAAAGUUUGAUCAAGAUCAGAAAAAAGAUGAAAUUUUUAACCUUAAAAGUAGCAAGUUUGACCAGGAACGUAGUCGAUCUGAUCUUGCACGUAUGAUUAUAUAUCAUGGAUACCCAAUGGCCAUGGUUGAUCAUGUUGGUUUUCAAGUUUUUGUCAAGAAUCUUCAACCUCUGUUUGAGGUUGUCCCAAACAAUGAUGUCCAACAUUGUUGUAUGGAAAUUUAUGAGAAAGAAAGACAGAAGGUGUUUGAAAUGAUCAAUAAAUUUCAUGGGAGAAUUAACCUUUCUGUCGAACUGUGGUCUUCUGCUGAAAAUGGCGAGUAUUUGUGUUUAACUGCACAUUAUAUUGACCAAGACUGGAAGCUACAAAAGAAGAUUACAAAUUUUGUGUCACUUGAUUCUUCUCAUACAGAAGACUUACUCUCAGAAGUGAUUAUUAGGUGUCUAACCAACUGGGAAAUUGAGAGUAAGUUAUUUGCUUUGACAUUUGAUGAUUGUUCCAUUGAUGAUGAAAUUGUUGUAAAGAUCAAAGACCAGAUCUCUCAAAACAGGCCACUGUUGGACCGUCAACUAUUUGAUGUUCGCUCUGCUGCUCAUGUUCUGAAUUCAAUUGUACAAGAUUGCAUUGCAGCACUUGAAGAAGUGAUCCAGAAGAUCCGAGGAAGUGUGAAGUUUGUUAAAAGUUCACAACUAACGCAAGAAAAGUUUGAUGAGAUGGCUCAACGAGCUGGAAUCGAUAGUCAGAAGAGAUUAUUUCUUGAUAGUCCAGUUCGAUGGAACACAACUUACCUCAUGCUUGAAACAGCUUUAGAGUACAGGGCUGCCUUUUCUAUCUUGCAAGAUCAUGACCCUGCAUAUAAUUCAUCUCUAACUGACACAGAAUGGGAAUGGACCUUUUCCAUCACUGGUUAUUUGAAACUCUUUGUUGAAAUCACCAAUGUCAUUUCUGGAUAUAAAUCUCCUACGGCAAACAUUUAUUUUCCUGAAAUUUGUGAUAUACACAUGCAACUAAUUGAAUGGUGCAAGAGUUCAGAUGAUUUUCUUAGUUCUAUGGCAAUGAAAAUGAAAACCAAGUUUGAUAAAUAUUGGAGCAAGUGUAGUUUGGCUUUGGCUAUAGCUGCAAUUUUGGAUCCCCGGUUCAAGAUGAGGCUGGUGGAAUAUUACUAUUCCCAAAUUUAUGGUAGUACUGCUCUGGAUCGAAUCAAGGAAGUGUCUGAUGGAAUCAAGGAACUUUUCAAUGCAUAUUCUAUCUGCUCAACCAUGGUUGAUGAAGGCUCUGCUUUGCCAGGCAGCAGCUUGCCUAGCAUUAGUAAUGAUACAAGGGAUAGACUGAAGGGCUUUGACAAGUUCCUCCAUGAAACUUCUCAUAGUCAAAGUUCAAUAUCUGAUUUGGAUAAAUAUUUAGAGGAACCAGUGUUUCCUCGUAAUUGUGAUUUCAAUGUGUUAAACUGGUGGAAGGUCCACACACCAAGGUACCCUAUUUUAUCCAUGAUGGCUCGCGAUGUUCUUGGAACUCCUAUGUCAACAAUUGCUUCCGAAUUGGCAUUCAGCACUAGUAGCAGAUUGCUCGAUCAAUCUCGAAGUUCAUUGAGUCCAGAUACUCGAGAGGCCUUGAUUUGCACCCAAGAUUGGUUGCAGGUUGAACCACAAGAUUUUAAUCCCUUUACAGUCCAUACUGCUGCUAAGCCACUUCUAAUUGAAUCAAGUUAACUCCUUGGUAUGGUUGUGCUUUUACUUAUAAUACUUCCUCUAAGAUUUUCAUUAAUGGUACUAUGCUUUUACCUAUACUUCCUCUAAGGUUUUCAUUAAUGGUACUAUGCUUUUACCUAUACUUCCUCUAAGAUUUUCAUUAAUGGUACUAUGGUUAUCUUACAGAUUUACUAAUGGUGGUAUGAUGUCUUUGUUGUGAAAGAUUAAGGAUCAUUGCAAUCACUCAGAGCUGGUUUGGCCGUUGAACCUUUACUUCUCUGUCUAUAUGUCAUUCUUGUAACUUUCUAAGAUCAAAUGUAAAUUUCAGGACACUGACCACUACUAGAUAGAUUCUGAUUGAAAUAGAAGUCAACAUUUUCUUUACUAUAGUCUAAAGCUUUGUUUUCUAGACCCUUGUAUAAACUUUUAUCUUUUAGACUAUUUGAUAGAUGAAGAAAGAGAUGGACAUUACGAAGGUAAGGAGGAUAUGAA